AUGAAAAAGAGGUAGAGGGGAAAGAGAAAGAGAGGAACAACGUUUCACUUAGCUAUUUCAUUACCUUCACUCGAUACUUGGCCGCAGUGCAAACAGAGCCAUCACCUGUAUAACACGUGCUCAAUUGUUUUGAAAUUCACGUGCAAAUGAUGAUCGAUAAAUUAUUUGAUAGAUCUAGUAUGCUAGAAAAUGUGCGAUCCAGUGACAUUUAGUUAUCACGAGUGAUAAUCAAUUAUUUCGUUAAUAUAGUUUCAAUUUACAACGAAACAACGUUGAUGUCGAUCACUGUAUCUCGGAGUAACGUGCACCAGUUUUUAGAUAGCUGCAAACAACCGCAGCUAUACCUACAAGAUUGAGUGAUCCACGUAGAUCGUAUUCGCAUUAACCUAUUUCACUAUUCUACUUCAGGCAGACUCCACGUGGACUCUUACGUUCACCGAGUAUAACCGAGUACGUUCACCAGGGCAACGAAUGCACUUGCACUUUUUAAAAGAACCUGUUUCCACUGUAACACGAACCUACAUCGAAAGAACCACACCCACUAAGAACUCGGACCAUAAAUCUCUUUGGAAAGGAGGACUUUUCCGUUAUUCUGCUAUGUGAAUAAAUGUUAGUGGCAAUAAAUUACUACACGGCAACGGUAUUCGUUGUACUUAUACAGCGAUCAUUGUCAGCAAUGGUUCUUCCAAGGCCACCUUCUUCACCAAAUUACAUCCAACACCAUGAUCGAAAAGGAAAUGAACAAAACUUCUACGAGGGAAAAUCUCUACAAAACUUUUUACAAAAUUCCGGGAUAGAAAGAGCAAAUACCAACGAUUACAGUCUUGUGGAGAUUGAACUUCAAAGCCCAGAUGAAAUGGAUGCGACCAACCUUCAAAAUAUCAUACACGCAAUGCUGAAACAAUCCGAACAAGUUCGCAAUGAAAGUUAUCCAAAUCCAGAAGUGAUACCUCGCUCAGUUUUCGGUGUGAGAGACGUUGGCGUAAGUCCAAGUUUUAAAGCAAACACAGUUGACGAAGACAGACACGUUCUAAUAGGUCCAUCGAAAUUUCAAGCUGUUGAUGAGAAGCUUUACUAUUUAAAGAACAACAGACCAAAGGUUUAUGUAAACUUACGAGGCCACAGUGGUUCUUUUCGAAAAGACGCAAUCUCGAAAACGACUUCUAGUAACGACUUUAUAGAAUUUCUUAGAGCGACGCAUCCUCUGCAAAAGCAAACUGACUGGAAAUUUCAUCACGACAAGAUUAAUGCGAAACGUAAAUAUCGAAAAUAUAACUCAAAGAACGACACUAAGAAGUUUAAUAAAGUAACUAUAAUUUAUGGUUUAGAUGACCUAUCCACUACUGAGAAUUCUAUUGUUACUUCGAGCGAGUUACCGAAACAAAUACCUCCUCCACCAUCUAAAUUUCCAAAUAAAAUAUUAAUGACACAGACUACGCCUGUUCAAAGAUAUGCCUUAAAAAGAACAAAUAUAUUACCAAGAUACAGGUUUUCGAACGUUUGAUGAUAUAUCAAAUAUAUGAUUAUUUAUUUGGAAUAUAAUGUAAAAAUAUUUUAAGUUUACUUUCU